GCGGUCGAGCUGGUUUUCUGGGUAAUACCUUCACGGCGCAACUCGAGCCAGUGCUGCUUGCCUUUACCAUCUACCGGCCUAGGCGAACGGGACUAACACGGGGGCGGUACCGGUUUACCGGUCAACACAAGUCAUACCCGGCGGGCCCCUGUGAUUUAUGUACCCGACAACACAACAACGGCGCACUGAAGGUCCAUGCAACCGUUUGGAGCUGAUAUUCCGCACUCAACAUCAAAACAGCAACGCCAGGGGGAACCUAUGAUGAUCGAGGGAAUAAACCCGGCGUUGUGUUUACCGCGGAACUUCAGCUACCUGUCCAUCGGGGAACCGAAGCAGGACUCCCGUCGCUUGGGCAGGCAUAGCCUUGCUGACCCAGGCUCCAUGAGAUCCCUCAUGAUCAGCAUACCCGAAAAAGGCUGGAAGACCAAGAACCCGGGCCUGAGACUUGACUCCGUGCAACGAUCGCUGUCACAAGGGAACACUCCCUUGGGGAGUCCCGAGUUACUAUCGUCGCACUCUCGGGAAAGACAGAAGAAGAGCGUACACUUUGCUGAUUCGCUUGGCCUGGACCUAGUGGACGUCAAGCUGAUCCUGGACUAUGACAAACCGCCUGUGAUUCCCAAGAAGGUGCUUUCAGCACUGAACACUUCGAGACCGCGGACGCCGUCGUACGACGACGCUUUCCCUGGCCACCGGUUCUUGGGGUCUUGCUUCCGCCCUCUUGGAAACGACCCGGACUUUCUUGGACGAGUCUGGGAGCAAGCCCUGUGUUUGGAAACCGCCGUUGUCGCAGGUAUGACCGUGUUGUGUUCAGUACGAGUACGGAACUUAGACUAUCACAAAAAGGUUUACGCCCGCUUCAGUUUCGACGGUUGGAAGACGUGUGAGGAGAUAGAAGCAUCUUACGUGUACGGAUCGUGCGACGGCACGACCGAUAAGUUUUCCUUCACGAUAACCUCUCCUCCGGGGGACUUCCCCGUGGGGUCGAAGAUUGAGUUCGCUAUCAGAUACGAGAUCCCAGGGAACAGCUUCUGGGACAACAAUCAAGGGAAGAACUAUGUCUUCGAAUGCAACUGUAAGGAACCUGUGGAAGAGCCAUUAUUGCAAGAUCGGUACCGGUCAUAUUUGGUAUGACUGUAGGCAGGAGAAAAUGAAGUACAGACUGUUUCAAAAUGGCCGCAUGGUGACAAUAUUGAAGGUGGCUUGUAAUGGGCCGGAUACGGAACUGUGCUUUCGCACUAUGGCACUUUGGAGAUGGAGGCAGUGAAGAGUACUGCUAUUGUUUGAAAUCAAUUUAAAAAUCAUUGUUGAAAAAAAAAACACAGAAAUAUUGUUGUGCUUUUGUUGCAUAAAAAUGCUCGUAGAUUCCUCUGUUGUCAGUUCAGAUUCGAUGUUUAAAACGAUUCACGUUUUUCUUCGACUGUUACGAACGUCGAUAGGGGAAGAGCACAAACUAGAGGCCGACCGUAGUCUGUAUAUUUUAUCCCGGCCGGCGGUUAGUUGUAAACAGACAUUUGAAACCAGCUGCAGAACAAUGUCGUUUUAAAAAUGGAGGACGGGGUUACCAGCGGGCAAGUCCACCCAAUCGUUACUAUGCUAGACACGCACACUGGAGUCGCGCUGUCGGAGACGCCAUUUGUCAAAGGACGAAGAAACAGGCUCUUCAUGGUCAAGAAUGACGACCGAGCAAAGGUGGCAUAGUCUUCGUAGAACUGAAAAAGUCAGUAUUGUCGGAUCAAGCCGUAAACCUGUACGUCGAAAGAAGCGGAAACUGUUUGGUUAAAAUGAACUGGAAAGUGGUGCCAUGGUUAAGUUUAUGACUGGGACAUGCUUUAUUAGGGACGUGUACAUAACAUAAAUAAUGCAGUGUCCCUUUGAAAGGACAGCAGCUAUGUCUGAGGUGUGUAUUAUAUGUCGGUGUGGACACCGUCAAAAGUAUUGGAGAGAGACAAUAUUGAAGGACGAUGCAGGAAUAGACGUGUAUUUUGGGGGAGGGGCACACACAAGGUCAGAUGAUGAUGCAACAUCGGGAAACACUGUCGAGAUAGUAUGCAAUGGCGUGUGAACCCGACGGGUCCUCAUUUGCAUCAAUAACCAUUGUUGAUGAGCGCAAAAAGACGUUAUUUCACCUGUGCACAAGUCAGGCUACCUCAUUGUGCGGUGUUCACGUGCGUGGUUUCAGGUACCUUGGUGUGAGAACGUCCCUAAAUAGAGGCCAUUCCGAAAAGUGAUGAUUAUUGUGCAAUUCUGGGGGAGAGAAGGCGUGGCGUGCUAGGUUGCCAAACGGGGCAGGUUAACCCAACAGAAGGUCAUGUUGCAGAAUGUUAAAAGAUGUGUAAAACACAAGCUGCCAUGUUGUGUGUUAUUUUUACGAUGAUGUUUAUACGAUUGUUUAAAAAAAAGAAGAGGUUUGUAUCAAAGAUAUUAUAUAGAAAGUGCAGAAGAUAGCACUGAUUUGAGACAGAUUCAACAUACAAUGUAUGUUGAUAUUAAGGUGCAUGCCCACCGGUGGAACUGUGACAAAUAGACAAAACCUCUAUCGUGUACAGCACUUAGGUUGACUUCCACGACCCACUCGUGUUUACUGUUAUACAACACCCUUAUCCAUGUACAGCAAGUAUAAGUACCAGCCUUAUAAGAUAAAUCAUUUAUAUCCGAUAUUGCGGUAGACUGUCCUUACGAUUGUGCUGCUACAUAAGAAAUUAAACUGUUACAGUGACUUGGUCAGA